CUGAUUUUGCCUUUUGCAGGGAGCGGAUCAUUCUAAGGCAAUCUGGCUGCUGAGAUCUGUGUGGGCCCAACAAAUCGUGUGGGUGCUCUGUUUGUCCCCUUGUGUCCUGGAGCCAUGCAGUCUCCAAAGAAAGGCCUGAUCUGCAAUCUGAACCACGUCCAUUUGCAGCACAUCUCCCUGGGGUUACACUUGUCUCGCCACCCGGAACUUCAAGAAGUGACCAAUGCCUUGAUCCCACCAAAAAAGAGGGCAGGUUGCCAGGAUUGCAGAGAAAAUAAUGGCAGAAGUGCCUCUGAACUGGAUGCCAAUUCCAACAAUCCGUUAUUAACGUGCCAGUGUUGCGAUGGCCACCCCCUGCAUUCAGAUGUCAAACAGGACCUCCAGACCCUGGAAACCUUGCCCGACUGUCCAGAUUUUAAGCAGGAGGAGGAGGAAGAGGAAGAGGAGGUCAAGGUUGAUUCCCCUUCAGAUCCAGGCUCCUCGUCCAUUAGCAGCUGCUCAGAUCUCAGCCUGGAUGACUCACCUAUCUCCGUAUGCUGCAAAGAGUUCCCUGCAGAAGAGGCCCAGAGUCCUGAGAACCAACCUAACAUUGUCCCCCUAGAAGAAGCUCAUACUGUACCUCCCAUGACCAACCCAGAAGAGAGGAGUUUGAAUCUCAAUAUCCAAAUGGAUAAGCACUCUGCAUCCCAUGUGUGGGAUAGUCCUGAUAGCCUCGGCAGCAGCAGCUCACUGGAGUCCACGUCUGACAUUCCUUUUCCCUGCUCACAAACCCCAGUUGAGUUGCCUAUCCCUGGCUCCAGUAGUCCUUCGCCACUUGUACCACCCCCAGUUCGCCCCUGCCGGGCACCCCCAGAAGUGCCAGUCCGCCACAUUGUCCCAGAACUGGAUUCGAACUGCAAUGCUCUCCUGCCUCAGGAGCCCAAGCCUGAGAGUCUCUCACCAGGGCAAGUGGACAUCAACUUGAACCAGGCUGGUCCACCUAGGCCUUGUUUUCGGGGUGUUCCUCCUCCCGUGCCUCCUAGAACGAAGCGAAAGCUUCAGGGACUGAGGCGAUGUGAACCAGGGAAGCCAAACUCAGAAGUGGUCCUUUUAGAGAUAUCGUCAAAGCUAUCUGUCCACCAAGAUGGCCUGCACAGCAAGGACACCAAAAACAUCACCUCCUUCCAUGAGCUGGCACAGAAACGGAAGAAGGUUGCAGCCAUGCCACCCCCACUGCAGACCAGGAAGGACCAAAGUGAUUGGCUGAUUGUUUUUUCCCCUGACACCGAACUUCCCCCUUGUCAUGAGCUCACAUGGGGCAGUGUCCCCAGCCAGGAGACAGCCAGCCACCCAGCAGCACUCCUAGAGCCAGCAAACCUUGCCAACUGCCUCCAGAAAGCGCAGAAAGGGGUAACCACAUUCAAAGAGCUGCGCUACCAGAAGCAGAAGGGUCACCAACCUCCACAGGUGGGAACCCAACUGCUUCAGCAGGUGGAACCUGGCAAGGCGAUGGGAGAGGGCAGUGCCCCUACACAGGAGAGUGAUCUGGAACAACCCCUGAAGGGGCAUUUCCGAGGCCCAAAGGAAAUCCCACCCCGGAAGAAGAUGUGCCGCCCUGGUUUGCAGCCCAUAAUGGAGGGGGGCUUUGAAGACGGUGAGGAUGGAGAGGCAGAAAAUAAGGCGUCUGAAAGAAGUCUGGAGGAUAUGCCAAAUGAACAGAGGGACCCCUGGAUGCCAGGGAAAGAGGAGAAAGGAGACAGGUGUUUUAUGGAGGUUAAGCACUCUUCCGGACCACAGCACCUGCCCUUCCAGCCUCUUCUGGUUCAUUUCUCAGUGGAUGGCCAGGCUGUGGAUUCCCGGCACUCUUCAUCUGUCUCCCCCAGUUUGGAGAGUGUGGAGCUGGCCUCCCCGCAGCUUUCAGGCCAGGCCUUUUGCCCCAAGAUCAAGACCUUGUCCUGUGAAGAAAUCUGCCUCCUGGCCAACCGGCAGGGGCAAAUUUUUGGCACCCUCUCACCCGAGGAGCUACUCCCAAUCCGCCUCUCCCCUGUCGGGGCCUACUCCCCUCCUGCCAGAAGUGCCCUGCCUUUCCUAGAGAGCCCUGACCUGGCCGUGCUCUUCUCCCCACUCUUCCCCCGCAGCAGAACCUACCCCACUUUAGCUUUUCCACCCCGCCAGGUACCCGAGCAGCCGUUCAGAGCCCGGGCCCCCCUUGACAGCCAGGCUGGAGUGGGGCCUGGGAGAGUGUCCAGGGACAGUAUGGGAGCCAAGGAGCCAGGAGUUCCCGAGCAACUCCGACAUUCCCGGUCCUUUGGUGGAAUCCCAAGUACCAGCCAUCUGUGGAGGACAGGCACUGGCCGACCAUCUGCACAGCUUCAAGAGCAAAAGAAAGCUUUGCUUGUGGCUGUCAGUGCGUCGGUGGACAAGAUUGUGGCCCAUUUCAGCACAGCUAGAAACCUCGUCCAGAAGGCCCAGCUGGGAGACAGCCGGCUUAGUCCAGAUGUGGGUUACUUAGUCCUGGGCACCCUCUGCCCGGCACUCUGGGCCCUGGUUGGUGAUGGCCUCAAGCCCUUUCAGAAGGAUGUAAUCACAGGUCAAAGGCCCAGUUCUCCAUGGAGCAUAGUGGAAGCCUCUGCCAAGCCUGGCCCCCAGACCCAUUCCCUGAAUGCACUGUAUUGGCGGGUGUCUCGGCUGGCACCUCUCCGCAGUAACCAGCAGCGCUUCCAUGCUUUUAUCCUGGGCCUCCUGAACAUGAAGCAGCUUGAACAGUGGUUUUCCCACUUGCAGCGGAACUCAGAGCUGAUCUUAGCACUUUAUUUGCCCACUGCCUUCCUGGUGCUUAGCCAAGGGGUUUGCCGCUUCUGGGCAGAAGAGCUAUUACUCCUGCUUCAACCACUAUCCAUGCUUACUUUCCAGCUGGACCUUCUCUUUGAGCACCAUCACCUGCCCCUCAAUGUCCAGCCAGUGGCGCGGCAUGCAGUCACACCAACAGAGCAGCCCACCAAUUCCAGUGGGCUCAGAGAGCCAGAUUUACUUAGACACCCUGUUCCUCCUCCUGAGCUGGCAGAAGGUCCUUUGGCCCAGUCCAGUCCCAUCCAUGAGUCCCAAGCAGGGGUGCCUCUACACCAGAGACUUUUGCAAUGGGGGGAUCGACUUACUCACACACUGCUAGGCAAUGAGGCUCUUCCCAAGCCAGAGUUGUGUCCCCAAACAAUGCAGCAGGAGAUGGAAGAAAAGCAAUACAACAGGUGGGAACAACUCAAUUUGGCCUCAGGCAUUUAUGCCAACUCCACUUCUUCUUCCAUCUCAAAGCAAGAGGGUUUCCCUUACAUGCAGUGGACCAAGCUACGGAUCAUUGUUGGGGAAGCCAUCAAAGAAGCCUGUAUUGGCAUGACAGAAGCUACAACAAGCUACAACACAGGCCUGCAAACUCCAAGUCUUGAUGAAAAUGGCUCUGUGCCACAAGCAUCAACUGCUGAAGUGGGGAACUCACCUAAAGGCAAAACUGCCAAAAAGCCAGAAAUAAUUGCACCCAAAUCCAGGGAAUCCUCUUUGGCUGAUGCCCAGGAAGCCAAUUCUGAUGCCAUGGAUACUCCUGGAAGAGGGAAGGGGAAGUGGUUAGGAUGGCUGUUUGGAGCAAAUUACCCAGGAGUCUCCAAUGAGUUGGAUUCAAAUCUGACAAAAUCCAGGCGCCCCUCCAGCUGGCUGCCCCCCACCAUGAAUGUCUUGGCUCUGGUGAUGAAGACUGUGCCAGCAGAGAAGAGCAGCCAGAAGGAAUCUUGGGAAGAUGCCUCUCCAGACCCACGGCAGGCUUACAGGGCUGUCCGCGCACUCUGCAACCAUGUGGGAAGUGGGGACAAUGAGCUGAGCUUCCGUAAAGGGGACAUCUUGCAGGUCUUAGAUACAGUGGAUGAAGAUUGGCUCCAGUGCUGCCAUGGUGACCUCAGAGGCCUAGUCCCUGUAGGCUACACUUCUCUCAUCCUGUGAAACAGGGCAAUGGACCAUGUGGAGCUCAAAAACUACUGGAAAGGGGAUGCAAAAUGUAACUUCCCCCAAUACACAUUGGAUAUGAUGUGAACACUAAGAAAAAGAAUGUGCACACCUGUGGUCUACCAUUCUCAACUGCACACCUGUCAUAAGGUCACAAAUAGUUGUCUGCAAAUUGGGCAGCCUCUGUUUCCUACAGCAGGGCACAAAGUCUGCCAGAGCAGGCUCCCCUGUUGCCUCACACUUUCCUUCUUUCAAACUGCCUCACCCCACUCUGGAGGUGCUUGAAUGUCUUAGCCCACCCACCUUUUCCCCUUGAGAGUGUCCUCUCCCAAUGUAUUCGCUGCUCUCUAAGAUUGUGUUAUCUUCAUGCCAAAAGAUUGUUCUCUCUCAUGUAUGUAUUAUAACGUAUAUAUAUAUUGUGUGUAUAUAUAGCAUAGAAUUUGAAGAGCAAUCAAGUCCAACCUCCAACUCAAUGCAGCAUCUCCAACUAGAGCAUCUCCAACAGGUCCACAGAAGGGAAUCCCACCACCUCUCUUGGCAAUUGGUUCUAUCGCCAAAUCGCUGUUGCUGUCAAGAAGGUCAUUGUAAUGUUCAGUCAACAUCAAAAUUUUUAGACCAUAACUCUAAAGAACCCUGAUGGUGCAGUGGUUAAAUGCUUGCACUGCAGCCAUUCACAGCCACAAGGUUGUGAGUUGGAUCCCAGGCAGGGCUCCGGGGUCCACUCAGCCCUCCAUCCUUCUGUAGGUC